AUGGCGUCGCGUCUUUCAGGGAAGCUGCUCCAGCUUUCUGCAUCCCUAUGGGACACACAAUUGGCCCUGCCUCUAACUCAUAUGCGAUCAUUCGGCGUCAAAGCCAUCAGCCCACCCCAGCACACCCGCUACAACAUUGGCCCCGGCCUGCCCGUCCUUGAAUCGACUCCAGCCGCAGCUCUCCGCCGCAAAGCCAACUCCCUGCCCCUCCGGAGUGGUGCCAUUGGAAUCAAAAAGGGUAUGACUGCUCUCUUCGAUCCGGAAACUGGCAAGCGCACCGCCUGCACUGUCCUGCAGCUUGACCGUGUCGAGGUCAUCUCCCACAAGACUGUCAAAAAGCACGGCUACUGGGCUGUCCAGGUUGGCGCUGGAUGGAAGCAUCCUAGCAAUGUGAACAAGGCUCUGCUUGGUCACUUUUCAGCCAAUGGUCUUUCUCCCAAACGCCACAUCUUCGAGUUCCGCGUCAAGGAUGAGUCUGGCCUUACUCCCGUCGGCGAGAGUAUCCAUGCCAAUUGGUUCUUGGAGGGUCAAUUUGUUGACGCCCGUUCCAAUACCAAGGGUAAGGGCUUUGCUGGUGUUAUGAAGCGUCACGGUUUCCAUGGUCAGGAUCGUAGUCACGGUGUUAGUUUGACCCACCGUUCUCUCGGUUCCGCGGGUCCUAGUCAAGGUGGUGGUUCUCGUGUCUACCCUGGCAAGAAGAUGGCCGGAAGGAUGGGAAACAACCAAAACACCGUGCAGAACUUAAAGAUUCUCCAGGUCGAUGCUGAGAAUGGUAUUGUGGUUGUGAGCGGUCACAUCAGUGGUCCUAAGGGUUGCAGUGUGCGCAUUCAAGAUGCCAUCAAGAAGCCAUGGCCCGAGGUUCCUUCAGCCACAGAGUCCACAGCUACAGCUGAGGCUUAA